AUCGGUCUGCUCUAUUUAUCAUGUAGCUGCAUGGUGACUGAGCAGUUUUUUUUUCUUGGUAAAGGAUCUAAACGUUUUGUAUGCAAAAUGGAACUGCGUGAAAGAGUAAUUUUUGAUGAAGCCAGUAGUUUGUCCAACAGUAGAUGCCUGACAGAUACUACAAUGACAAAAGAAGAGAGAGAUCCCACUGGGGAUGACGAGCAGAAAAACGUUGAUAACGAUUCUCUUCACACUGAAAGUGAAGCACUAUCUGAGGGUUACAAUGAUAAUAUACAGACAGAGAAACGUAUUUGGACUAGAAUCUUUGAGGUGAUGAUCCAACGAAGAGGGAUCUUCUGGGCGCUGUCAUACGCAAUCCUAACUUCAUUUGCCGCCCUGACAAUCAAACUUUUAUCUGGCAAAGUAUCUCCUAAUCAGAUUAUGCUCUACCGAUCAUUGACUAUCGUGCUCUUCACGGCGCCAAAUCUCCAACGCCAGCGAGUGUCGUUUUCCCUGCCCCUUAAAGCUUGGAGUCUUGUAAUUUUCAGGGGAAUAGCCGGCAUGGCAAUGGCCAUCAGCUAUUACUACGCUAUCCAACAUCUUGAUAUCUCAACCGCCAAAUGUAUCAGACAAGGUUCAACCUUCAUUACAUGUAUCUUGGCAUGCGUCUGUUUAAAGGAAAAUUGCUCCAUCGCAAUUUCUUUAUCGUGUUGCAUUAGCGUUGUCGGCGUGUUUCUUGUCGUUCAGCCAGCGCCUAUCUUUGAGGGUCUUCUUGAAAGCACCAGUGACAAUUCGCCACUUGGCUUACUCGCAGCAUUUUCUGCUGCACUUUUUAUGUCUCUCAUAUACAUCUCUCUGCGCUUUCUCGCUCCCUUCAAGGUAAAUGCACAACUCAUUAAUCUUGCUUACGGUUGCAUCGGAUUUUUGGGAUCAGCAUUACUGGAAACCGCCCUAAACGAAUGGUCCAUCCCUCGUUGUGGUUAUGAUCGUCAGAUACUCCUAGCUACCUGUAUCAUCGGCUACUUUCAGGUCAUAACCAUCACUAUAGCACUCCAGACGGAAAAUGCUGCAGUUGUUGCUGUUAUUUCGACCACAGCCGUUUUUGGCACCUUUGUCCUAGACUAUGCCUUCUAUGACGUUACCCCAAAUGCUUUUAAGAUCAUUGGAGGUCUUUGUGUAACAGGUAGCUCAGUGGGUGCAACAAUGUCUUCUUACUAUGCUGCUAAGAGAAGACUUUCUGAAAAUAGGAGUUGAUCUCGUGAUUCGUUGAAAUCAUAUUACAUAGUUACUGAAUACUGUUUUGAACAUUUUACAGUGAGUUUGCCGAUCGGUACGA